CGCACCUAUCGAGUCAGCUGCAGCUGAAAAUUAGACCAAAAAGUUCUUCUAAAUGUGCUUAAAUCAGAAUCACGGUUGACAAACACUUUCCGGAACGCAGUCUUAACCAUCUAGAUGCCCGAUCCGGGGGCGGGAACGGCAAAGAACACUGCUGAAGUGUAAUAACCAGGCUGUGGAAUCUACAAGGAAUCGACACCGUUGUCCAAAUUUCUUUGUAAACAAAUAACUCGGCACUGGAAGAAAUGUCCUAUUAAUUAACUGAGGCUCUUUAGCUGAUUUAAUUGUUAUUGUAUAUAAUCAAUUAAUAGGCUGCAGAAACUAGAGCAGCAUCCCGCCUCCUGAAACCGCAGAUCACAAAUCAGAUUCCAUCGCCGCGUGCAAGAUGGACGAACCUUCGGACGAUGAGAACUCGGAGCCCACGCCCAAGAAGAUCAAGCGGGAAUGGGUGAAGAGCUACUCGAACAAGGCCAUGGAGAUGAUGAAAAAGAUGGGCUACGAGAAUGACAAGGGCUUAGGAAAGAGCAACCAGGGUCGCCUGGAGCCCAUCAUCGCCGUGCAGCAGGAUGGGCGCCGUGGCUUUGGCCUCAAGCUGGACACCGUCCAGUCCUCGGCUGGCCAAUGGGAUCCUGCCUGCGAGGAGCUCGAGAUACCCGAACCGGUGCUUUGGCUGCACAAUCCUGGCAGUCGUGCAGACGCAUACAGCCUCGAUCAGCUGAUGGGACAUGUGGUCACCGGUGAGAAGAAGUUAACGCUCGACGGAGAAACACGCUACUGCGAGCCAGCCAUCCUGCAUCACAUCAUCAAUGCCAAAACCGUAUUCGAUGAUCUCAACGACAGCGAGAAACGGCGGGCGAGAUCCAGAUGCAAUCCGUUCGAGACAAUCCGCAGCUCCAUCUUUCUUAACCGCGCCGCCGUCAAGAUGGCCAACAUCGACUCGAUGUGCGACUUCAUGUUCACCAAUCCCCGUGACCCCGCUGGCGAGUCCCUGGUGGCUCCCGACGAGCUCCUCUACUUCACGGAUAUGUGUGCAGGCCCUGGCGGCUUCUCCGAGUACGUGUUGUUUCGCAAGUCUUGGGAGGCCAAAGGAUUUGGCUUCACGCUGCGUGGCGCGAACGACUUUAAGCUGGAAAAGUUCUUCGCUGCUUCGCCGGAGUCCUUCGACACGUUCUACGGCGUAAAGGAAGAUGGCAACAUCUUCGAUGAAAGCAACCAGGAUUCGCUGAACGAGUAUAUCCGCAUGCAUACGCCCCAGGGGGUUCACUUUGCCAUGGCAGACGGCGGCUUUUCGGUGGAAGGUCAGGAGAACAUCCAGGAGAUCCUGUCCAAGCAGCUGUACCUCUGUCAGUUCCUCACCGCGCUGAAGAUUCUGCGACCGAAUGGCAACUUCGUGUGCAAGGUGUUUGACCUGUUCACACCGUUUAGUGUGGGCCUGGUCUAUCUGAUGUACAAGUGCUUCCACCAGAUUGCCAUCAUCAAGCCAAACAGCAGCCGGCCGGCAAAUUCGGAGCGCUACCUGGUCUGCAAGUACAAACGUUCGGACGCGGAAACGGCGGGCAUCAUAGCUUAUCUGAAUACGGUCAACCUGAUGCUGUCCGAUGAGUCGCAACUGGAGGAGAACGACGUGCUGGAGAUCUUUGAUGCCAACGAGCUGGCCGAGGAUGAGGACUUUCUGCGUUACAUUAUCGAUUCAAAUAACGCCAUUGGCAAGAAGCAGAUCGUCGGCUUGCGCAAGAUAGCAGCAUUCGCACAGAAUUUGGAGCUGAAGGAGACCAAGCAGUCGGAGGUGCGGCAGGAGUGCCUGAAGCGAUGGGGACUUCCGGAUAAACUUCGCCAGGCACCGGAGAUCAAGCCAACGGACAGGCUGCUCGAUGAACUCCUGGCCGAUUGGGGGAACGAACGCAGCUGGCUGAGUGUGCCGGCCACCGAGAUGAGCGGCGUGGCCAGUCUCAAUACGGCCGUUAAGAACGUGGCGGACUGGUAUUUUGUGCCCGUGGGACGCGAGGAGACGAACAUCAAUGCGUGCAGUCUGUUCUUGUGCAAAUCCCGGGGCAACUUGCUGCGCUACACGGAGCAUAAAAAGUGGGAGCUGGUGGAGACCGCCUUUGAGGUGCAGCCGCGCUCGAUCUUCUUCGGCCAGAUUGUGUACGAGUUCUACGGCGAGGGCAGGACCAUUCAGCGAGUGGCUGCCCUGCACAUCAUCGAUGGCAUCUGCCUGGGUGGCAUCGACAUCCGCAGACGGUCGUUCCGCGAGCGCGUCAGCAUGUGCGAUAAGUUUGCCAGGAGUCUAAACAAGCCGUACCGCAAGGAGCGCACUUUUGGUGCGCUGCGCAGCAAGCCCUUCUUUCGGCUGCAGGAUAUGGGCAGUUUCUUUGCGGACAUGAGGCAUUAUGUGCUAAAGGAUAACUCGCAGAGGUUCGGAUACGCGCUCGAUGACAAGAAGUUCUUUGUCCCGGGCGGCAUAAUGAUGUUCUGCGACCUGACCAAAAACUAUGUGUCCGCGCACUCGCGGUCACGGGGUCAGCUGUACUACUUCAACGUGAAGAAUAAGGAGGCGUACUACAAGGAUCAGAUACCCAGCAAGAAGGCUAACGAGAUCUUCGCCUCGUUCCGGUGCAGCUUCUCGUACCGCCUGCUCUGGAAGUGGACGGACCUGCGCCAGGUGGAGGAGCUGGCCACCGAGGACAAUCCAAAGAUCCUGUUCCGCAGCGACUUCGUUAAGUUCAUCGCGGACAAGCUGGGCCACAGCUAGGCCAACACAACUUAGCCAUAAGUUUAACUUUACAUACGCAUACGUGUUUUUUUUUAACUUACCCCGCAUGCCUAGGAUUUAUCUGGAGGUUUUACAACGGAUCCCUGCAUUUUACUUAUUCGACUUAAGUAUUCGACGAUUGGGUGGGUGUCCGCAGGAACUGAAUCAUAUAUAUUUUUUUUCGACCAUCACUACUAACUAUAUUCGUACAACAUACACGCGUAUGAGCAAAGUGUGCAACUGUUUUAUUUUCUAAAAGAUCUUACCAAA